GCUCUAUCCUCCUCUCCAGUCUUUGCUCAAAAAUUAUCGCAGAAACGCGUAGAUCUUGUCUGGAUCUAAGCUGUUCACCAUGGAAGAGAAGAAGGAAGAAUCAACGAACAAAAACGUUAAGAAAGCAAAUCUGUUGGAUCACAAUUCAAUCAAGCACAUCCUCGACGAGUCCGUCUCUGACAUCGUCAAGAGCCGUGGAUACAAGGAGGACGUGAGGCUGAGCAACCUGAAACUGAUCUUAGGGACGGUGAUCAUAGUGGUUGCUCUCGUUGCACAGUUCUACAACAAGAAGUUCCCGGAGAACAGAGACUUUUUGAUUGGAUGCAUCGCAUCAUAUCCUUUCUUAGUGUCGAUUCACUGCUUAGAUAGAGAGAGAACUGUAAUGUGGCUUGAUUUGAUUGUACUUUUAGCAGUAGAUUCAUUGUGUGUAUAUGCAAGCUGUUUGAUAUCUGUGUUGUAUUUGGAUGAUUGUGAAUAAGAUGUUUGGUUUCUUUGACUAUGGCAAGUAUGUAGUGUUGAACGGAGUGUUGCAGCUGAUUCUGUACACUAAGGAGAAGAAUGCCAUUUUGUUCACCUAUCCUCCUGAGGGAUCAUUCACCAGCACUGGCUUGGUUGUAUCUUCAAAGCUGCCGAGAUUCUCUGAUGAGUACACUCUCACCAUCGACAGUGCUGAUCCAAAAUCAAUCUCAGCUGGGAAGUCUGUCCAACUCACCAAAAGUGUCACUCAGUGGUCUCUCUCCUCUCACUCACUCUCUGCAUCUCAUCUGCGCAAGCUAAUUUAUAUGGUGUGUGUAUUUCUCAGGUUCACGAAAGAGGGAGUUCUUGUUGAGGGUUUAUUCUGGAAAGACGUGGAAGCAUUAAUCAAGGACUAUGCAAAAGAAGACGAACCAAAGAAGAAGAAAUGA